CUGCUUGUCCGAGGUGGAAGAAAGUAUGCCUGCCAAGAAACUGACAGUGUUCAGGUGGACAGUACCUGCCCAUGGAACCGUCACCCUACGCUUGAGGUUUACGUCAAAUGAUAUCGGACAGUUUGAUCAGACCAUGAAUUUUGAAAUCAUGGGGACCAGACGGAGGUACCAGAUUUUCUGUCGAGGAAUUUGUGCUUUCCCAACAAUCAGCAAGGACCCCAAGGUUGUGUUUGCCAGCAGAAAGAAGAACAGAGGAAUGUGUGAAAUUGUCCACAAAAAGUACAUCCUGGCAAAUGAUACAUUUGAGUUUGGCCCUUUGUUGGUUGGAAAGUCACGAGAGAG